GACACGGGGUUGGCAAAGAUGUCUAUGAUUGACGCAGUGUUGAACAUCUUUGACCAGCUGGUUCCGAAGAAUGUCGUGAAUGACGCAGCAAAAAACCACUUGAUCUCCGUCAUCCUAAUGGCCAUUGUGGCUGGCUGUCUGCUCCGAGUUACCCGCGAGGAUGGGCGAAGGAGUGUUUUCCUUGACUUGCUGGACGAGAUCAACGAGGUGGUGACGAAAGUCAUUAACGGGCUGAUCUGGCUAAGCCCGCUAGGCGUGGGAAGCCUAGUCUGCAGCAGCGCUGCUCGCUUUGACCUUGCACAUCUUGGUGCCUCUGUUGCCCUGCUCGUGGUGGCUGUGCUGUGUGUGGCAGGUCUUCAUAUGCUGGUGUUCUGCGGGCUGAUGUUGCUGCUGGGAGCAGGCCGGAAUCCCAUCCGCUACUUCGUCAACUGUCUCCCGCCCUUGCUGACAGCUCUGGGCAGCUCGUCCUCUGCAGCCGCGUUGCCACUGAGCAUUGCCGCCGCCGUCGAGAAGAAUGGUUUGUCACCGCACAUCGCGAAGUUUGUCUUGAACCUGGGUGCAACCAUCAACAUGGACGGCACGACGGCGUACCUUAUUUGCGCCACCUCCUUCUUGGCGGCGCUUCAGGGCAUUGCCUUGGACCCGGGGGAUUACAUCUCCAUGAUCCUCAUGGCUACACUUUGCUCCAUGGGAACCGCUCCGGUGCCCAGCGGAAGCCUAGUGCUCCUGACAACUUUGCUGACUUCUCUGAACAUUCCAGUCACAGAGACGUUCGGCUUGAUCACGGCCGUGGAUUGGCUCCUGGACCGAGUCAGGACGUGCGUGAAUGUCUACGGCGAUGCUUGUGUCGCAGCCGUGUUGGACAAGAAGAUGGAAGGCAGCAACCCAAAGGAGGAGCUCUUUGUUAGCGCGGUCUAA